GUUUUCGCGACGCCAUUUCAUGCACUCGUUUCGCGGUGUCUGCUGCAUGAGCUGGUACGGAUUGUAUCCACAAUAUCAGUACAGCACCGAAUUUUAAUCAUUUUUAGUCUUAAACUCCCGAAUCAGGCAGACAGACGACUCAGCCUGAGUUACAGACAAAAUGGAUCAUUCCCCCACCACCAGCAGCCUGAUGGCCAGCAACGUGACCAACAAGACAGAUCCCCGUUCCCUGAACUCCAGGGUCUUCAUCGGAAACCUCAACACCAUGCUUGUGACUAAGGCAGAUGUGGAGGCCAUCUUCAGUAAGUACGGCAAGAUAGUGGGCUGCUCCGUGCACAAGGGCUUCGCUUUUGUCCAGUAUGCUAUCGAGAGGAACGCCAGAGCAGCGGUUGCGGGAGAGGAUGGGAGAAUGAUCGUUGGACAGGUGCUUGACAUUAAUCUGGCAGGUGAGCCAAAGCCUCAUCGGUCAAUGCCAAUCAAGCGGUCUGCAGGAGAUAUGUACAGUUCUUCAUUUGAUAUGGACUAUGACUUUCAGAGAGAUUACUAUGACAGGAUGUACUCGUACCCAUCACGGGUGCCCCCGCCCCCCCUUUCAAGGGCCGUUAUACCGUCCAAACGUGUGCGUGUGAGUGGAGGCAGCCGCAGGACCAAGAGCAGCUUUUCCUCCAAGAGCAGCCAGCGGGCUUCCCGCACCAUGAGAACUGAUGAUCUGCAGACCAUUAAGAAGGAACUCACUCAGAUUAAAUGCAAAGUGGACUAUUUACUGGAGAGCCUGGAGCGCAUGGAGAAAGACCACAGCAAAAAAUCAGAUUAUCGUAUCCAUCUCAAAGCACCGUUUAUCAAGAACAACCAUAACAACAAACAAUUGUUUGAGGGAUUCACAUCGAUCUCAAACCCUCACCACUCAAGAACAACCAACAACAACAAACAACUGCAGUAAGUCAUGGCAUCCGCUCAUGUUAUUUCUUCCUGCAUUGCAUGUCACAUGUUUACAAUAGCCUCUUCCGUCAGCAGUGAGGGAUACACAUGUGAUAAAUGUAAGGAAUUAGUCAGGCUGACGGAGAAGGUUCAUGAGUUAGAGGCACGCAUCCGAACGCUAAUGGAGGUCAGUGAGAAAGAGAAGCUGGUAGAUAUUGAUUCGGAUGCGGGCAGUACAGAGAGCAACACACACACUUUGGUUCCGGCUGUAGAGCCCUGCAGCAGGGCGUUUGGGUGACGUCUCGGCGGCAUACUCGCUCAGUAAAGCGACACCACUCUCCCAUUCCUGUUAGGGUUUCCAAUCGAUUCUCCCCACUCAGUGAUGCACCCACUGAGAAUCAUGUUGAAAGAGCCCUUGUUAUUGGUGAUUCUAUUGUAAGGAACAUGGAAAUAGAGACUCCAGCCACUACUGUUAAAUGCAUUUCGGGUGCCAGAGCAUCUGACAUCAAAUCAAAUUUACAAGUGCUGGCUAAUGCUAAAUGUAGAUUUUCUAAAAUUGUUAUUCAUGUCAACACUAAUGAUGUCCGGCUUCGCCAGUCGGAAGUCACUAGAGAUAAUGUUAAAGAAGUGUGUCAAUUUUCAAAAAUGAUGUCAGACACUGUAAUAUGCUCUGGCCCCCUCCCUGCUCGUUGUGGUGAUGAGGUUUAUAGUAGAUUAGUGUCACUGAAUGGCGGGUUGUCUGAGUGGUGUCUGGAGAAUAGAAUAGGAUUCAUAGAUAAUUGGAAGAGUUUUUGUGGUAGACCUGACCUGCUAAAGAGAGAUGGACUCCAUCCCCCCAGGGAAGGUGCCGCUCUCCUCUCUAGUAAUUUGGCUCAUAGUCUUAAUAAUGAUAGUAUUUGACUAACUGGGGCCCAGGUCAGGAAGCAGACAAACUGGCUAAUCCGAACGUCUGCUAGCUGCCUUGAGAAGUCACACAGGUCACAUAAACUACAACACAUAGAGACUGUAUCACCUAGAUAUCAUAUAGAGACUGUCUGUUCCCCGAACUACCAAACACAAAACCCUCAUUAAAUCAUUUAGAAAAAAAUUUGAUUAAGGUCAAACUUGAACAAAACAAACAAAUUAAAGAUAAACACCAUAUAAAGAUAGAGCUACUAAACAUUAGAUCUCUUUCUACCAAAGCACUAAUUGUUAAUGAAAUUAUUACAGAUCAUUGUUUGGAUAUGCUCUGUUGACUGAAACCUGGCUUAAACCGGAUGAAUAUAUUAGUUUAAAUGAAUCUUCUCCCCCAGGUUAUUGUUAUAAACAUGAGCCUCAUCUGAAGGGUUGAGGAGGAGAUGUUGCUACAAUUUACAGUGAAGUUUUUGGUGUUACUCAGAGGAUAGGAUAUAAAUUUAAGUCUUUUGAACUAAUAAUGCUUAAUGUGACACCGUCAGAUAUAGAUAUAAAUAAAAAAACUCUGUUGUCUUUUACCCUUGCUACAGUAUAUAGAUCACCUGGGCCUUAUUCUGAUUUCCUUGGUGAAUUUGCAAAUUUUUUAUCAGAUCUUGUAGUCACUGUAAAUAGAGCUUUAAUUGUUGGUGACUUCAACAUUCACAUAGAUAAUGAAAAUGACACAUUGGGAUUAGCAUUUAUCGAUAUUCUCAACUCUCUUGGAGUCAGACAAAAUGUAACAGGACCAACUCAUCGCCAUAAUCAUACGCUAGAUUUAAUUCUGUCAUAUGGAGUUGAUGUUGAUAAUAUAGAAAUUCUGCCGCAGAGCGAUGACAUCUCAGAUCAUUACCCCGUCUCUUGUAUGCUGCGAUCAGCUAAUGUUUCUCAAUCUACACCAUGCUAUCGUUCAGGUAGAACUAUUCUUUCGACCACUAAAGAUAGCUUCACUAAUAUUCUUCCAGAUCUAUCUCAUACACUCAGUAAACCUCAAAACCUAGAAGAACUUGAUGAAAUAACAGAAAAUAUAAAUAUAGUCAUCUCUAGCACUCUUGAUAGUGUCGCCCCCCUUCAAUUAAAGAAAAUUAAAGGAAAAAUCCCUGCACCAUUGUACAAUGAUCACACUCAUGCUCUCAAGAGAGCUGCUUGGAAAAUGGAGUGCAAGUGGAAGAGUACAAAAUUAGAGGUAUUAGAGUGCAUGGAAGGAUAGUGUUUGUAGCUACAGACAUAAGUGUAGCCAGCUAUAGGCACUAAAAGCUGCCAGGUCAGCAUAUUUGAGCAAACUCAUAGAAAAUAACCACAACAAUCCUAGGUGUUUAUUCAGUACUGUGGUUAAAUUGGUUAGGAAUAAAGCAUCGACUGAACCAGAUAUUCCGUCACAGCACAAUAGUAAUGACUUCAUGAAUUUCUUUACUGAUAAAAUUGAAAUAAUCAGAAAUAAUCCUUCGCUGUCAUAGGUCAUGAAGAGCUAACAAAACUUAUUGAAACAUCAAAAGCCACAACAUGUUUGUUAGAUCCAAUACCAACCAAGCUCUUAAAAGAAGUAUUCCCAGUAAUCUCAGAACCUCUUCUUAAUAUUAUUAACUCACCACUAUCCUUAGGACAUGUCCCAAGAAACUUUAAAAUGGCAGUUAUCAAACCGCUUAUUAAGAAGCCACAUCUUGAUCCUGGAGAACUGGCUAAUUAUAGACUGAUUUCAAAUCUCCCGUUUAUGUCGAAAAUACUAGAAAGGCAGUAUCCUCCCAAAUAUGUUCAUUUCUACAGAGAAAUAGUAUAUAUGAAUAAUUUCAGUCAGGAUUUAGGCUAGUACAGUACAGAGACUGCACUUAUCAGAGUUACAAAUGACUUGCUCUUAUCAUCUGAUCGCAGCUGCAUUUCACUUCUAGUGCUUUUAGAUCUUAGUGCUGCAUUCGACAUGAUAGAUCACAACAUACUCUUGAAUUGGCUGGAGAUAUAUGUUGGUAUAUGUGGAGUUGCAUUAGCAUGGUUUAAGUCCUAUUUAGCAGACCGCUACCACUUUGUCUAUGUAAAUGCAGAAUUGUCAAACCAAACAAAAGUAUGGAGUGCCACAGGGAUCAGUUUUAGGGCCUUUGCUUUUCUUCUUGUAUAUGCUUCCCCUGGGAGAUAUUAUCAGGAAUCGUGUAAUAAGUUUCCACUGUUAUGCCGGCGAUACCCAACUUUAUAUUUCUUCAAAACCUGAUGAGAUUUCACAAUUCUCCAAAUUAGCAGAGUGUAUCAAUGAAAUAAAAGACUGGAUGGCCAGAAAUUUCCUUCUACUCAAUUCCGACAAAACAGAGGUACUAAUUAUUGGACCAAAAACCUCUAAAAAUAAGCCGCUAAUAAAUAAUUUGACUCUCAAUGGAUGUAGUUACAUCAUCAUCAACAGCGAAGAACUUAGGUGUUAUAUUUGAUACCAAUCUAUCCUUUGAAAAUCAAAUUACAAAUGUUUGUAGAACAGCAUUCUUCCACCUAAGAAAUAUUGCUAAAUUACGACUCAUGCUCUCUGUUGCUGAUGCCGAAAAACUAAUUCAUGCGUUCAUGACCUCAAGACUAUAUUAUUGUAAUGCAUUACUGGGAGGAUGUCCAGCAAGAUCAAUAAAUAAACUUCAAUUGGUUUAAAAUGCAGCAGCCAGAGUGCUGACUAGAACCAAGAAAUAUGAUCAUAUUAGCCCCAUUUUAUCAUCAUUACAUUGGCUACCUGUUAAAUUUCGUAGUAAUUUUAAAAUUCUGUUAACUACAUACAAAGCUUUGAAUGGUCUAUCUCCGCAAUACUUAAGUGACCUUCUGCCAUGCUAUAUUCCAUCACGUUCAUUAUGAUCGCAAAAUUCUGGCCUGUUAAUAGUUCCUAGAAUAUAAAAAUUCACAAAAGGAGGUAGAUCCUUUUCAUAUUUGGCUCCUAAACUAUGGAAUAGUCUCCCUAACACUGUUCAAGAAGCAGACACACUCACUCAGUUUAAGUCUAGACUAAAGACUUAUCUAUUUAGCCAGGCAUACACCUAAUUUAUCCUUCAACUCACAAUUAGGCUGCUUUAGUUAGGUCUGCCGGAACCAGAAACAAUGAUCAUGAUCUAUAGCUCUGCAAUAAAUUGAAUGGCAUCUAUGCUAAUAUUAUUUUAUUUGUUUCCCUGUCUCAACCUCGGGGCUCCUAUCCUGAGGUCACCAGAACUGGCCAUAUCCAGCUCCGUUCCUGCUUGGUGUUGGACUCCACUGCUACGUGUCGCUGUGUGAUGAUGACUAAUAGCAGCCGGUGCCAGCCAAACAUCACUUCAGUCUGUUACGUUGGACUUCAGAGGAUGAACUGAUGCCAACUCCAACCAUAAGACAUGGGAUACUUCAUAUGCCAUUGCCUGAACCUUGGAUUUAGGAUAGACCUCACCGAAAUUACCGGUCAGGUUGAACUGCGAUGCACCUAACUGAUCUCUGCCUACAUCACCUCGGUCUAAUUAUGGACUACACUCUUGAAAUGGAAUAUAUAGACUAUCAUUUAAUUGCCAACAAAACCCUUCAUCAGCCAACUAACAAGGACAAUUGUAUCUAUGUGAACUUCUACAGUUAAUCCAGGAUGAACUUCAAAGACAUUAGUCAUUAAUCUUACAGUUCUUACAAAAUCUUUGUUUUAAACACUGACCCUUAACACUUACUUAGUUUAAUAAUUUUAAACCAUGACUUACACUAUACAUAAGUAAUAUUGGCAUUAUAUUCAUGAUGUUAGCCAGAGGGGAACUGGCCCCCACAGUGAGUCUGGUUUCUCCCAAGGUUAUUUUUCUCCAUUAACCAACAUCUUAUGGAGUUUUGUGUUCCUUGCCACAGUCGCCUUCGGCUUGCUCACUGGGGUUAUAAAUACAAUUAUUAUUUAAUUACAUAUUUUUAAACAGUACACAAUCGUAUUUUAUCAAACUACACAAUGAUGACUUUAAGACAUUAUAGAUAUUACAGUUUUAUCUUCUGUUAAUGCCUGAUCUUCUGUAAAGCUGCUUUGAAACGAUGUGUGUUGUGAAAGGCACUAUACAAAUAAAAAUGACUUCACUUGACUAGUGGAGUAAAAAGCU